AUGUCUCUGCAAACUAUAACCUUCUGGUUAGGUCUGUUGUCGACUGUUUUCUCCUUUGCGCAAGCUAUACGAACCACCGGCACCACCGUAUAUCUUGACGGCAUUACAUACUGGAUUCCCCCAGAUGUGAUUGGAUCGCUGGAUAAAACCUUUACCACCCGAUUGUUCGAUGCACAUACUCUUGCUGCUGAACUCUUUCUUGCCCUGACCGUGAUAUCUACUGGGCUUGGUAAUUAUUCGCAAACCUCCUUAGAACACGAUCUAUCACGCUUUCAAGCACGGGAUGAUGUUUGGAGCGACGGUUUUGCUAACAUGGUGUACCUUCAAGUGACUCCUCGGGAGCAUGGAGAUUCUCGAGCUCUUUCUGAGCGAACCUGGGGAAACAGAACCAUCCUCUUUGCUGAAGAAAGAGUUUACGAGAGGCUCCCUGACGGUCCUUACUUCUUGUCGUCUCGAGGGAGUAUUCAUCGGGCAUACCGUCUUUAUUCUGAUCAUCAAGAAGCUUUUGUAGAGUCUGUGUAUACCGACCCUUCUGGCAGUCAUUUCAUUCUCCCAGCGCAUAUUUCAGGGAACGGUCUCACGAUUGCAGUUCCAUCUAGACUUUACUACACACCGACACCGACCAAACCGCUUGCUGGCAUGCGUCUAGGUAUCAAAGACAUUUUUGACCUAUCCGGCGUUAAAUCCGGCAAUGGAAAUCGAGCGUGGUACAAUCUGUACCCCCCUGCUAACGUAACAGCGCCUGCGGUGCAGAGGUUGCUGGACGCCGGAGCGAUCAUAGUAGGCAAACAAAAGACUGCACAAUUUGCCAAUGGAGAGUACGCGACAGCGGACUGGAUUGACUACCACUCACCAUUUAACCCACGCGGGGAUGGCUACCAGGACCCAAAUUUCUCGUCUGCAGGAGCUGGAGCUAGCGUUGCAUCGUACGAAUGGUUGGAUUUCGCAUUGGGUUCAGAUACAGGGGGCAGCAUUCGCGGCCCUGCUCGAGUCAGCGGCCUUUACGGAUUGCGACCAUCACACGGCACCACUUCGUUGCAGUUCACGCUUCCCCUUGCUCCGGAAUUUGACACAGCGGCCCUCAUAGUCAGGGAUCCUCUUCUCCUCCACGAUGCCGCUACUAAGCUGUAUGCGUUGACCCGCAAUAGAUCUCAUAAUCCUUUCCCCACUCAGUUGUUAGUCGAAAAAUUCCCAGUUGGCUUGACAAACGAGACAGUGACGAUUCUCGACCAAUUCUUGAAUGAAGUCAAAGUUGUUCUCAGCGCUGAGACCAUUAAUUGGUUCAAUAUGACCACGAGUUGGCAAGACUCUCGACCCAAAUCCGCACCAACAGACCUACAAGUAUUAAUGGCAAAUACGUACGCAACAAUCAUCAGCCAACGUCAGAAAACGCUGGUCCGCGAUCCUUUCUACACCCAGUAUGCACUCCUCCACGAUGGAAGGUCACCCGCCGUAAAUCCUGUUCCCUUGACGCGAUGGGCAUUUGGAGACGCGCAACCACCCACAGCAUUGGCUGAUGCGCUGAAUAACAAGACUGUGUUCAUGGAAUGGUUCCAAGAUCAUGUGCUCAAGGAAGAUCCAAGGUCUUGCACGUCUGCCAUACUGGCCUACGUCAGUCCUCCAAGUGUUCAAUAUAGAAACACUUACAAAAUCCCACCGACGGUACCCACAGGUUUUAACAACCAAUACUGGAGUGUCAUGGCUGAGUCUCCUGACAUUAGCAUUCCAAUUGGUCAGAUGUCUUACGAUUCAGUGAUAACAAACCAUAAGGAACAACUACCUGUGUCGAUAAACUUUAUGGUAGCGAAGGGAUGUGAUCUUGUGUUAUUGAAUGUAAUCACCAAGCUUUACCAUAGGGGCGUGCUGAAAGCUUCUGCCGUCGGAGCAAGCGCUGUUGACGGUGGAGAGAUAUUGCAAAGAAGAUAG